UUUUAUUUUGAAAUCCUUAAUAUUUUACUCCUGCUUUGGGCGCAAGACUUCUGCCAAAGACACGAGAAACCACAAAAAAAGCAUUUAUUAGCUACUGCAUUUAUAUUUAAAUCCGUAAUUCGCAAGAGCGUUUAACCAAGUUAUCUAAGUCAGCAGAUCAUGUGGAGUCCUGAUGAAAUAUCCAGCUUGUGUUAUAAUCGCUUCAAUAAACUGCCUAAAAGAGGAAAGCCAGAGGCGGGCAGAGAGUGGACUCUACUAGCGGCUGUGAUUCUGCUGACUGACAGUUCAGAGCAUAAGACAGUUCACAAGCAGGUUGUGUCUUUGGGGACCGGCACCAAAUGCAUCGGCCAGUCUGCCAUGAGUAGGAAGGGUGACAUUCUGAAUGACAGUCAUGCUGAGGUUAUUGCUCGGAGGGGAUGUGUCAGGUAUCUGACAGAGCAGUUGUACAGAGCCGUGAGCGGCCAGAGCUCGGAUGUUUUCUGUCCAGGAUCUGAAGAGGGAAAAUGGACAGUUAAACCGGGAGUUUCUUUCCUUUUCUUCACCAGUCAAACUCCCUGUGGUGAUGCCUCCAUAUUUCCUAUGGCUGGGAGUCAAGCGCAGCCCUGCGAACCAGUGAAUGCAAUCCAGAGUGAAGAAUCAGAGAGACGAGGCCUGAAACGACACGCUGAGUGUGAUUUGGAAGAGACCAGGCAGGGUCCAAGAAUGAAGACAAGUGACAACCAUUCAUCUCACAGAAAAUCGGGGAAUACCAGUGAGCAUGAAGUACUAACAGAAAACAAAGAAAGUAAUCCAUUAAAUGAAGUCUUGCACUGUCACCCACCUGACCUCCAUCGGACAGGGGCAAAGUGUGUCCCUGACAGCCCAGCCGACCCGCUCCAGCUCGGGUUACUCUAUCACAGCGUCGGGGUUCUGCGGCUGAAGCCGGGACGUGGGGAGCGCACACUUUCUCUGUCCUGCAGUGAUAAACUGGCCCGAUGGGGCGUUCUGGGCUUCCAGGGUGCCCUGCUAUCUCAUUUCCUGCAAGCACCGCUCUAUUUCAGAGCUGUGGUGGUUGGAAAGUGUCCAUACAGCCAUCAGGCAAUGCAGAGAGCACUGAAAACACGAUGCUCUGACGUGAGGGAUCUGCCGCCAGGUUUCUCUGCACACGAUCCAGAGCUUCUGCAGUCUGGGCUGGAAUUUCCUCACAACCACACACACACCGAGUCCAAACACACACACACACAGGGCAGAAUAUCUCCCUGCGGAGCAGCCAUCAGCUGGUGUGCCGUUUCCCAGCAGCCUCUAGAUGUCACUGCAAAUGGCUAUAAACAAGGAGUGACUAAAAAAGCACUGGGCACAUCGCAAGCAAGAUCUUUAAUCAGUAAAGUGGAGCUCUUUCAUUCAUUCCUGAAACUGGUGGCUGCAACUGAAGACUCCCAGCUUCCAGAGUCCCUCCGUGGAAAAGAUUUGAAGACGUACUGGGACUACAAGCAGGCCGCAGGGGCGUAUCAGCAGGCCUGGACACAGCUGCGUCUGCAGGCCUUCCCGCUGUGGCCCCGCAGCCCACCAGAACUGCUGCUGUUCUCCUAGUGGACUGGACUUUUAUCAUAUCAGUGUCCUGAACGGAUUGCAUGAUCUGAAGCUGUAUCUUGCACUAAAGGCUCCAACAGAGUUCACAUAAAUAAAUGUAAAUAAAUGUGCCAUGUUAGCAUGCACACUUGGUUCUUUUCCAUGAAACAAAAUCAUAUAUUGACCAGGGGCUAUAAACCACAAAUGGCCAUAUGACUAUUGUGCUACAUUCC